AUGGAGUUCACAGAGACCAACAGGGUCAAGUGGAUUCUAUUAUCAGUUCUACUUUCUGCUCUAUAAACAUUGGUUCCUAAGGUCUGUGGGGCCCUCAAUGUCACUGUGUCGCCUGGGCCUGUGGUGGACUACCUGGAGGGGGACAAUGCCACUCUUCAUUGCCAUGUUUCCCAGAAGCGACGGAGAGACAGCUUGUUGGCUGUGCGCUGGCUCUUUGCUCUGCCUAACUCCCAGGAAACCUUGAUGAUUAAAAUGACCAAACUCAGGGUGGUUCAGUAUUAUGGCAUUUACAGCCGCAGUGCUAACCGGCGGCGGCUGCACCUCCUGGAGGCACGGCGCGGGGCCCUAUACCAGCUCUCGGUGCUGACCCUCCGGCCCACAGAUCAAGGCCACUACAUCUGCAAAGUCCAGGAAAUUAGCAAGCACAGGAAUAAGUGGACAGCAUGGUCCAAUGGUUCCUCAGCUACGGAAAUGAGAGUGAUUUCCCAUAAAGCUUCUGAAGAUUCAUCCUUUGAGAAAAAGAGAGAGACAUGGGCAUUUUUUGAAGAUAUCUACAUGUACGCCAUCCUUGUGUGCUGUGUUGGGAUUUUCAGUGUUCUACUGUUCACUCUGAUUAUCAUCUGGCAGUCAGUGUUCAACAAAAAGAAAUCCCGAGGAAAACAUUAUUUGGUGAAAUGCCCUCAGAACAGCUCAAGAGAGACUGUCACCAGUGUAACCAGCUUGGCCCCACUGCAGGCCAAGAAGGGCAAGAGGCGGAAGGAGAAGGCUGAUAUUCCCCCAGCAGUCCCGGCCAAAGCUCCAAUAGCCACCACCUUCCAUAAGCAGAAACUGCUGAAACCACAGAGGAAAGUCAUGCUGCCAAAGAUUGCUGAGGAAAACUUGACAUAUGCGGAGCUGGAGCUGAUUAAUCCCUGCCAGGCAGCCAAAGGCAUCCCUACCAGUACGGUCUAUGCCCAGAUCCUCUUUGAGGAGCAUAAACUGUAA